AUGUCUCCUGACCGCGUCCUCGUUCGUGCUCUUCCACAUCCCCUGGCUUCAACCAACAAAAAAGUCACUCUCUCCCUUCGGCGCACCACCCCCAGUCAACCUUCCUCCUCUCAGCCCUUGUCGCCCCAACCGCCACUCACACCCGAUACACCCACCAGCUCUACUACCCGUUCAGAGCCAUCCCGCGCACCCCUGAAUAUCCAAAUCCCCAACUCUCCCCGCCGCAUCAACAUGCUCUCGUCGUUAGCUAGCCCCAGUAGUGGUGAUCAGGAUUCGAUGGUUUCGACCAGGCGGUUGACAAGACUUACAGGAGUAUCCGUAGCAGUCUCUGCAGCAGCACAGGAGUACGGUCGGACAUCGUCCUUUGCCACCGUCGCACAGACGACGACGAAUCCCACCAAGAAGUUCAGUGCUCAAUUUUACAAAAACGGCUUGCCUAUCAAGUCUGCAAUGAAGAGCCCCGCCACAACACCCGUGGAUGUAAAGACCAACUCGGUUGCACUCUGCCGACCUUCGUCCAUCCGCUCCUACUCGUCGCCAACACCCCUGACCAGCCCCAAAUACGUCCAUUUCAACACUCAACUGGAGCAUGUCCGUCUCUUUCUGCAAGGUGAGACGCCUGCUUGCGUAGGCGAACGCGAGACACUAGUCGAUCCUCGUCAGCACGACCGCUCAACGAGCGACAUCAAAGUCGCUUUGUCCAACUGGACCCCAGUCGUGGCAGACUCGUUCCAGCCCGUUAAUAUUGAUUCGGGCGCGGCCCCCCUGCGUGUCGAGACGGUGGUUCUCUCGGAGGACCAGACAGAGCUCCGUGGCAAGAUUCUGGUUCAGAACAUUGCCUUCCACAAGCAUGUCUCUGUUCGGUACACGAUCGACUUUUGGCAGACGCAGUGCGAGGUUGGCGCCGAGUUUGAGGAGUCCAUCAAGGGUACAUCCGUGGAUCGGUUCUCGUUUGUGAUUCCUCUCGACAUGGAGCGAACGAUGGUGGAAAAGACGUUUUGCUUGGCAGUGAGGUACAGGGUCAUUGGACGAGAGUUCUGGGAUAGCAACAACGGCAUGAACUACCAUAUCGAGUGCAAGCGUGUUGUUGUCGUAGCGCCGCCCACAGUCUCGGACCUGUCCAAACAGAUGACGAGCUUGCUCUUGGGUACACCAGUGGCCGACUACAGCAAGCCCGUCCUCAAGAAGAAGCUUGCGAGUCGCUACGAUCUCACAAGCUCGCUCUCGGCCGCCUACGGCCAGCCCAUCGCAAUCCCCACCCGUUCUACCGCCUCCAACUUGCCUUUUGGUGCCGCCCGGACAGCCAGUCCCAACGGAUUGUCGGCCAUCCCUCCCAGCCAGACUGCCUACAGACCCAGCGAGUACAUCACUCCUUCUCCUCCUCAAAAUUACCACCACUCGCUCUAUGCGUCUUCACCAAAGUUUAUGAACCCUUAUCUGGAAGCGGCUUCUCCUCCAGAGCAUUUCCACGUUGGAUUCGAUAUGCUCUCGCUGGAUCGCCCCAUGGUUAGCAAGCGAGGAACUCGCAACAGCUGGAAUGUUGAUGUUGGCUUCAAUUCGGCCCAUCCUUCGUCUGCAAACUCCGCCAACGGUACUUCUAUCACUAUUCCUUCCGGCCCUGCACGGUCGCAGUCAUACCCUGUCAGUCUCUAUGGACCCUACUCUUCAUCUCCUAAGGCUUCAGCCCCCAUCUCGAUCCCCGCCAACCAGGUUCAUCAGCAACAGCAACAACAGCAACAGGAUGGCCAUCGCCUUCCAGUGGAUUCUUCGAGCUACUUUGAUCUAGUCGAUCGGUACUGCUUUUACGAGUCGAGCCCCCACACAAGUCCAUACUCUAGCUACCCCAACUCUCCCCCAGCCCCUUGCAUCCGAGGUUAA